AUGGUGAAAAACACGCAAGUCAUCUUUUCCAGAAUUCCAGACAGCUACAUCCCGGAGGUUGGAAAGGACAUGGCCAUCAAAGAAACAGAGUUUGACCUCGACGCGCCACUUUCGAAUGGACAAUUCAUCUUGAAGCAACUUUCUCUCUCUAUCGACUCGUAUAUGCGCGGACGGAUGCGCGAUCCAAGCGUCAAAUCGUAUGUUGACGCGUUUGAAAUCGGCAAACCCCUGAAAUGUGGAACCAUGAGUCUAGUUACCAAGUCCAACAACCCCAAAUUUAAGGAGGGUGACCUUGUUCAAUCUUCAGGCGGAUUAUUUGAGCAAUACACCUUGGUCCAAGACGAAAAGCAGGCCGAAGAAUACCAGGUCAAAAACGAUCCAAGGGAUACCGGACUUCCCCCGAGUUACUAUUUGGGCUUAUUGGGGAUGCCAGGUAUGACCGCUUAUGUGGGUAUGAUGAAAAUUGGACGCCCAAAGAAAGGCAAAACACUCUACGUCUCUGCUGCAGCAAGCUCCGUGGGUCAGCUUGCAGGUCAAAUUGGCAAAGUAUAUGGCAUGACCGUAGUAGGGUCGGCAGGAGCCGAUGACAAAACGGUGUAUCUCAAGGAAAUCGGGUUUGACGAGGCGUUCAACUAUAAAAAUGACGAUAUCAGUACUAAACUUAAAGAAGUCUGUCCCAAAGGAAUCGAUAUCUAUUUUGAUAAUGUCGGUGGAAAGACUCUUGAAGCUGCGAUUGCAAAUUGCAAUAAUUAUGGCCGAAUUGUGGCCUGUGGUAUGAUUUCUCAGUAUGCCGAGCAUCCAGAAACUGCACACAAUCUCAUGCAGAUUAUUGUGAAGCGAUUACGCGUGGAGGGAUUUAUUGUCAGUGAUGAAGCGGAUAUGAAGGAGCAGUUCCGAAAGGAUGUGACACAAUGGCUGCUGGAUGGAAAAAUCAACUACAAAGAAAGUGUCGCAGAAGGAAUCGAAAAGGCACCAGAGGCAUUGAUCGAUGUUUUGCAAGGAAAGAACCUCGGUAAACAAAUCAUCAAAGUCGCUGAUGAGUGA